AUUCUUUAAGUCGCAUUCUGGAAACUCUGGUGAAGAGAAGUUCAAACACAACGAUGGCAGACCUCUUCCUGAAGCAGGCAAAGCAGUAUGCAGCUUCGAGGCCAGGUUACCCUUCCCAGCUCUUCCGCUUCAUCGCUUCCAAGACCCCUUCUCACCAGCUCGCUUGGGACGUCGGCACCGGAAGCGGCCAGGCUGCCCAAUCUUUAGCUGAGAUAUACAAGAAUGUGAUAGGCACGGAUGCGAGUGAAAAACAGCUUGAAUACGCAGUGAAGCUCCCGAAUGUGCGAUACCAGCACACACCUUCAACCAUGUCAAUGGCGGAGCUGGAACAGAAAGUGGCACCGGAGGGAACCGUAGACUUGGUGACCAUCGCUCAGGCCCUCCACUGGUUUGACCUCCCGACCUUCUACCGCCAAGUGAAAUGGGUGCUGAAGAAACCUCACGGAGUGAUUGCCGCUUGGUGUUACAACGUGCCCCGAGUGACGGACUCAAUAGAUGAAUUGUUCGAUGAAUACGCAGUUGAGCUGAAGCCUUAUUGGGAUCCGGCACGCGCAUUUGUGGACAACGAUUACAGGUGCAUCGAUUUUCCGUUUGAGCCUGUGGAUGGAGCGGAUGACACAGGGCCGAUUGAGUUCGUGACGGAGAAGGAGAUGGAUUUGGAUGAUUUCUUGACGUACCUGAGAUCAGCGUCAGCGUACCAGACGGCGAAGGAGAAGGGAGUGGAGCUUCUGAGCGAGGAUGUUGUUGAAAGGCUUAAGAGUGCUUGGAUCGAAGAUGGAUCUCAGCUUAAGGUUGCCAAGUUUCCAGUUUAUCUCAGAAUUGGAAAGGUGGGAGACGCCUGAAGGUGCCAAAGCCAUUUCUCUUACCCGAAUAUGCCUUUUUAAGUUGUAACCGAGAUAUUGCAAUAGAAGCCUCUUAAA